GGGAUCAACCAACCGAGUUUCCAAACAUUUUUAAAAUGACCGGGAAAACUCACAGAAUGUGUAUUUUUCUUGACAGAGUUCUGCACUAAUUAUGUCCACGUUUGCAGCGAUAACCAGAGAACAUCUAGUAGAUCCUUCUUCCACUUCCAGUCAUCGCAAUGUCGAGCAGGAAUCCACAACACCACAAGAAGCACCAGAAGCCGAUGCAGCUACUGGGAUCGCACAGAGGGGUAAAGCGUCGCCCAACUGGCGCGACCAUGUUGUAUAUAUCGCUAACGCUGGUGCAAUGGGUCUGGCAACCUCUCAAUUGGCUAUGCGAUGGGCGCCUGCAGCAAUGCUCGAAGAACAGGGCAUUCUUUCGACUUUAGUGACCGUCUUGGUCCUCCGGUUUCACUAUUGGAAACACUAACCCUAAUUCACA